AUGUCAAGUUUGUAUUCAUCGUCAGAUUGUACCGCUGAUGAAGCAUUUUCAAGAGUACCAUUUGGUGACGAUGUCAACUAUUCGAUUUCUUUAGGGCCAGAUUCAAAUAGAUACAACAGUGCCAACUAUUCAGAAACUUUUAGAAACAAAGCUCACCCUCAGUCGUUAAUUGACUCCAUACACCCAGAUUUGAAUACUCAUGCCAAAUUAUUCAAUCAUGCUGCAAAACGUUAUGCCAACCGCCCCUGCUUGGGAGCAAGACCUUAUGACUACGUGAAAAAGAAGCUGGCUAAUCGAUUUGAGUAUUUUUCUUACAAAGAAGUUCACGCAAAGAAGAAUAAUAUUGGUGCUGGGAUCAUUAGAUCACUCAAUGCCAAUAAGUAUCUCGAUUUGGAAUUGGAAGCGCAUCGGAAGGUUGCUAACCAUUUAAAAGAUUGGCAAACUUAUGGUGUCCCCAACUAUCUUCUCGAUAACAAGGACCACAUUAUUGAAAAAAGUUGUUCAUUCAUUGUGUCAAUUUUUGCCGUUAAUAGGGCAGAGUGGGUCUUGACUGAUUUGGCAUGUUCUGCUUUCUCCAUUACUAAUACAGCCUUGUAUGAUACUUUAGGGCCAGAUGUUUCCCAAUACAUUUUGAAUACAACUGAAAGUCCCAUUGUUGUUUGCACUAUUGACAAAGUAAGGGCUGUACUUGAGUUGAAACAAAAUUUUGCCAAGGAAACGAAGUCACUUAUUUCGAUUGUUUUGAUGGAUCCAAUUGAAUUCUUGGACAAAGACUUGAUCAAUUUAGCUGAAGAGUUAAAGGUUGAAAUCACUGAUUUGCAAGCGAUUGAAAGUUUGGGCAAAUCCAAUCCGAUUCAAGAGUUGCCGCCACGUCCAGAUACUCUUUUCACCAUUUCGUUCACUUCGGGAACCACUGGCUCAAAACCGAAAGGUGCCAUGAUUCCUCACAGAAUGGCCUCCUCCUACAUUUCCUUUUUGGCAUGUAUCGAGCCACAAGCAAAACGAGGAAACAUAGCCUAUAUUUUCUUACCAUUGACCCAUAUAUACGAAAGACAAACAAGUGCAUAUGCAAUGUCUGGUGGUUACGCAUUGGGUUUCCCUCAAACUACCGUGGGACAAUCCGGUGUCAACAAUUUUGUCAAUAUGAUUGAAGACUUGAAGAUCUUGCAACCUACCUACAUGUCCAUUGUUCCUCGAUUAUUGACCAGAUUGGAAGGUUUGAUCAAGGAGAAAGUCAAGUCAUUGAGUCCAGGUGAGCAGGCUAAUGUUAAUCGUAUCAUCGAGUACAAGCUUGCCGAACAGGCAAAAAGAGACGGACCUGAGGCUUAUGAUUCUAAGUUUGACUCGUACGCCCCGUACUACAAUUUGCGUAAAUCCAUUGGUUACAACAGGUUGAAGUGGGUGCAAAGUGCCUCAGCACCUCUUGCUGCGUCGACAUUGGCCUAUCUUAAAGCUAGUUUGAACAUUGGGGCUCGCCAAAUAUACGGUUUGACGGAAUCAGGUGGUGGUGUUACAUCAACCACUGAGUACGAUGCCACCCCAGGUACUUCCGGAUCUAUUUCACCAACCGCUGAAUUAAGGUUACGUGGGGUGAGAGAUAUGGGAUACGAUGUCAGUAAAUUGGAAGGUGAGGUGAUGUUGCGAGGACCGCAAAUGUUUAAAGGAUAUUACUACAAUCAAGAAGAAACUGACAAGUGUAUCAAUGAGCAUGGUUGGUUCCAUACUGGAGAUAUUGGUCACAUCGAUGAAAGAGGAAGGUUGGCGAUCACUGAUCGUGUAAAGAACUUUUUCAAAUUAGCUCAAGGUGAAUACGUCUCCCCGGAAAAGAUUGAAAACCGUUACUUGUCUGCCAAUCCUAUUAUCAAUCAACUUUACGUUCACGGUAACUCAUUGAAGUCAUACUUGGUAGGUAUUGCUGGUAUCGAUUACGAACAGGGAUUGAAAUUCCUCAACAGUGAAUUUGGAAUCAACAAGAUCGACAUGAGCGAAGAGGAGAUGUUGGCUCAUAUGAACAAAGUUGAAGUUAAAACCAAACUCUUACAAAUCUUAAAUGAUAAUGUGCGCGGUCAAUUGAAUGGGUUUGAAUUGUUGCACAACAUUCAUAUCGAGAUUAACCCAUUGACAGUGGAAAGGAAUGUUGUUACACCAACAUUCAAGUUGAAGAGACCCGUUGCGCAAAAGUUUUUCGCCAAUGCCAUUCAUAAGUUGUACGAAAUUGAGCAAAGUUUAAUUGUGGGCGCAAAGUUGAAAAUGGCGAAAUUGUAA